AUGGCAGAUGAGUUGGAAACACUGUGUGGUAAGAUUUCUCUACUGGAGGGAGAGAAGAUAGGCACAAAAAUUUCGAAGGGAGAGAUUGAGGAAACAAAGAUCAAAGGAAAAAACUGUUUAAUAGGGAGGGUGUGGACAGGAAAGAGGGUGAAUAAGAAAGCUUUUAAAUCUGUACUAUCUCGCAUUUGGCGUACAGUGAGAAGAGUGGUUUUUAAGGAAAUACUGGAAAAUAUAUGGUUGUUUGAAUUUGAGAUCGAAGCAGACAAAAGGAGGGUGAUGGAAGGGAGGCCAUGGUCGUUUGAUCGUCAAAUAUUGGUGCUUAAUGAGUUUGAUGGCAGCAUCUCCCCAUCUCUGAUGGCCUUUCAACACUCACCUUUUUGGGUGCAAGUACAUGACAUGCCUCUUUUUUGUAUGACUAAAGGAGUGGGGAAGAAAAUAGGCGAAUCUCUUGGUGCAUUAGAGGAUGUUGAUGUGGCGGGCGAGGGUGCUGGGUGGGGUAGAUGUCUCCAAGUACGGGUAUCCAUUGACUUAACAAAGCCACUUGAGCGAGGGAGGGUGCUGGAAUUAUCAGGGAAGUCAUCUUGGGUGUCAUUCAAAUAUGAAAAGCUUCCAAUAUUUUGCUUUAAUUGUGGGCGGAUAGUGCAUGGAGAUAAAGGGUGUCCAGAAGCAAGGCCUAGGAGGAUGAGCACGGAAGGGGAGAUGAAACCGUGGGGGGUGUUGCUUCGUGCAGAAGAGCCCCAGAGGAACUCUAAGGCGGAGGAAUUCCCUACAGACUCCGUAGAUAGGGAGUUCUUUGGCCAUGGAGGGCAUAGAUCGCCGGAGAAAUCAGAGGACUCUAGCAAAGGGAACUGUUCCGAAACUGAAACACGUCGCACGAAUCAAGGAGAAUCCAUGCAGGAUGGUCCAACAUGUGUUGUACGUGCUAAAGAUGCGGAAAUAGUGCUGAUGGAGGAUGAAGAAAAUAACCGUGGGGGCAAUUCAAAAAAAACAGAGGGUGUAAAGGAAGGAGAUAUUACACGUGGUUUGAAUGAGGAGAAUAUCCUGAUGGAUUACUCACCUAAAUAUUUUGGAACAAUAUCUGGGCCGGUUUCUAUGAAUAUGGAACCAUACAGUGGGUUGGUUGAGCAUAGUGGGUUUGUUGAUGUAACUAGGAGGGACAAUAUAGGAAAGGUUGAAGGAGCAGAAAAUAAAAAUAUAAGGAAGGACCAGAAUACCCCAACUUGGAAGAAACGUGUUAGACUUAAUGCGAAAGUGACUCAGCAACAAAGUUUACGGCCAGAGUUAGUUCUGGGGAAGUGA